UUGGCGUCGAGGGUGAAUUGAAAGUGCUCGAGCGCGUUGAGACUUUAUGUGAGCGAAGAAUUAAAGGGUUUGAAUGUGCUGUGUCUAUCAGCGACAACGGAGAUGAUAAAUUCUGCGUUUUUGCCAUAUCUGAAACUGGUUCCGUAUUCUCUUGGGGAGAAAAUGGCUUUGGACAGCUUGGAUUGAGAACCAGUCAAUACACCAAAGUGCCCAACAAAAUUACACGUUUAGAGCAGAAGAGGGUUGUCCAAGUGGCCUGUAGUGGCUAUCAUACACUGGCUUUGACUUCGGAAGGAAAGGUCUACGCAUACGGUCGAAAUGAUGGUGGUGAAUUGGGUAUCGACACCUUUGAUGUUUUCUUCAGCAACCACAAUUCAGAUUCUCACAGAGUUGGCGGACUGUUGGACGGGACAGUUGUAACCUCAGUUGCAUGUCGAAAUUACUCUUCUGCAGCGCUCUCACAUUCAGGAGAGGUUUACGUUUGGGGUGCUAAGCCAAAUUACAGCAUCGGGUUUCGCUCAUCAAGUGACACUUCACGCCCGGAAUGUAUUAGUCCCCACAAGGUAAUCAGCAGCCUGAAAGGAGUCAUGUUUUCCCAAAUUGUUUGUGGAGCUGAUUUCACGCUCGCCUUAUCAAACGAGGGCAAAAUUUACUCAGUGAAAGUAAACUUAAACUACUAUGGUCACUCGGGAAAUAGGCUGAGUUGCGUUUUCAAGCCUUCUACCUUCACCUUGACGGAAGAGAUGGGAAGGAUUAGAGAAAUUGCUGCCACUCUGUACAAGAGCCACCCGUGCGCUGCAAUCACGGAAAAGAACCAGGUUUACAUUUGGGGCAAAUGCAAUGGUCAUUACGUUUCAGAACCAAUGCUCACUUCCUACUCUUCAUUUGACGAAGUUUACGCAGUUGCUUCUCCUCCAGUGACCUACCAACGUUUUCGAUUGAAAACUAUGAAAGAUGAUUGCAAGAGGAAAGGCUCAGUAAUUGAGCGUUUAAAUACUGCGUUCAACAAUCCUGAAACUGCUGACAUUGCUUUCAUUGUCGAGGGGAAGAAAAUCCACGUGCACAAGAAUCUUUUGACUAUCGGCAGCGAAGUGUUCAAGAAUUUGUUCCUUGGCGAUUGGAAGGACAGUUGCAAAAAUGAGCAUGUUGUCGAGGAUCACAGCUACAAUACUUUUUUCGCGUUCCUCAAAUACUUCUACACGGAUGAAGUUGAUUUCUCGCCUGAACUUGCGUUGGAUGUUUACGCCGUAGCCCACUUCUAUCUGGUGACUGAUCUGAUGUACGAGUGCGAAAGGAUUCUCAAAUCCUCUCUGACCGUGCAAAACGCUGCUGCUGUUUACGAGAAGGCAAUUUUGCUUGGAGCUAAGGACCUGUGUGAGCUCUGCUCUGAAUUUUGCAAGGACAAUUUGGUUGAUGUCUUGAACAAUUUUGGAACUGCUGACUUGAAGAGAAAGGUCUUCUUGGAAGUUUUCACUUGGGUGGCUAAUCAAAAGUGAAGUGAUUGACAACGCUCAUACGUGUCUUAAUAAUAUGCAUGAAAAGUUUUUGUCCAGCAAAUUCAAACGCAAUAAAAUUUGAUUACUGUCGUUAAUACUCGUUAAAUUAUCCUAACCGCAAAGUUAACCCAGAAAGUUAAUUAAUAUUGCAAAAUAAUUGUUUGUUUUUCAAUAGCCAAGAUUGCUGACGAGGCUCGGGAUUAGCCAAAAUAGGAAUUUUAUUUAUAAAUCUCUGCCACAUUCUAUAGGUGAAUGCCUUCUUAUUUUAUAAUUGUUGACCUGACGUACCAUGCAAACAAAUGGAAAUUUUCAACCUCGGGUUGCCAAUUUUGAAAAUGAUUUAUUUCAAUUAAUCAAUUGAGAUUUUUUAAGCACCAAAAGCUGUGCGAGAUAAAACAAAAAUUUGA